UGUAUUGAUAACAGUCAGCCUUAUUGGUGCACGCCCUUUCAGGAUAAAACGAAACUUUAGAAGAGACGGAAAUGUGUCUGAGUGAAAAUACGUCUUUAAAGCGUGGCAACCGACAGUGACCCGCAGUACAUGUAGCAGAGAUGGUCUGCAGUAGUCUUCCCUUAGCUGGACAGCAGGAAGAGGAUUGAGGACCCACUCGUUUCUGAAGUCGCUGAAGCCUGAAGAUGAAGUGUCCAGCAUGUGGCCACAAUAUUUUGGAUAAAAAUUCCAAGUUUUGCAGUGAAUGUGGCGUCCGUCUUUCUGCCACACCAUCAAGCACGCAGGAUACAGGAGAUCAGCCUAAAUCCUUGAAGGCAAAUUCUGAAGGCAAAAGUGAAGAAUUAAAGUCUCAGAAAAAUGCUCAGCCUGGAGAGAACAAAGAAACCAGUACAUCUCCCAAACGACCAAAUGAUGAACAACCAAACCCAAGGAAAAAGAAGAAAAGGAAAAAGAAGAACAAAAAGAAGAAAGAUGACAACAUGCCAUCAGAUCAAGAUCAGACCCAGUCUGACCUAUCACUCCUAUCUCUGGAAGACAAUCAGGGGAAGAAAUCACAAGAAAAAGGAGACUCCAGUGACAGUGAAAGCUCAGAUUGCACAAUGGAAGAAACAACAGACUCACUCCAAGAUAAUUUACCCUCACUAGAAAGGCAACCUGCUUCAGUACCGUCUAAUAGCACAGCUGCCUCCGCUGAAAACACUCAGAGUGGAAAACCUGCUUCCACAGAUGUGGACACCACAGUGAGCCAGUCUGAGGAAACCACUGUUGAUGUUAAAGCAAAAGAGACUGAAGCCAACAGUUCACCUCAGGAUCAAACCCCAGAGAAAGCAGCAGGGGAUUCCUCAGCUCAAGUUGUAAUCUCAAAGAGCAAUAAGACCUCUGAGUCAGCUUCAGCAGAGGGGACAAAGCCCGCUCAUCCUAAAGAGCAAAAGGCUGGUCCAAAAAGCUUAAAAAACAAGAAGGAAUCUGUUGUUACAACAGAAUCGACCCUGAAUCAGAACGUUAAUUUAGACCUCAAUGCAACACAGACAGAAGAAACAAAGCAGAGGGCUAAAAGUCAAGAUGAUCAGAAACCGAAAGGAAAAGAUCAGCAGGAUCAGAAACCAUCAAAGGUUGAUAACUUGGGCUCCAGUGUGGACCCUGAGGAGAAGAUGGAGACUGAGGAGUCUGGAAACAAGCGGGGCACAGCUUCAGGUGGUGAAGGAAAACAAAAUGAAGGCAACUCUCUUGCCGCACCACCACCCAAAACUAAGAAUCAAAACAAGAACAUUGCCACACGAGACAGGCUCACAAUUUACUUCCACGCAGUUCUCUCGAAAGAUUUUAAAUUUAAUCCUGAAGAAGAUCACAUCUUCAUCAGAGCUGGAAAACCUAUCUCGGGUAGCUGGGAAGAUAAUGUAACUGAGCUGGAAGUUACCAGGAAUCUUGGAGAGCACGGUUUUCUUGUCGAAGGCAGGCUCAUGACGAACAAAGCCAAAAUUGUCUCUGAAUCCAUUGCGUACAAAUAUGUUGUCUAUAAGAAGAAAAAGGGUGAAUAUGAGUUUGAGUACAUAUACAAACUGGACUCUUCACAUCACCAUAUCAACAGGUGCUUGUUUGUGAAACCCAACCUCAUCACUGAUGAUGGGGACUGGCAUCAGUAUGACGACAUCAUCUGCGUUGAGCCAUCAAAGAACGUGUUGAAGAUGAUCAGAGACAAGCUUUGGUCUGACCAACGUAAAAAUGUGGUUAAAGGAAGAGAAAUUGCUGCAAAUGUAAUGUUGGAGUCCAUAUUUGAUCUUCUAAGCAGCUGGAGUGAUACCAAUCUAAAGAGUUUUAGAAUCCAGUUAAAUCAGUUCUUCCAGGUUUAUGCAAACCCUUUUGUAUUUGAAGAGAAGGGAAAGAAAUGGAGCUCUUUACAAUUUGGAGAAGAUGAUGUAAGGAAGAUCCUGAAAGAGUUCAUGUUGAGACACGUGAUCCCUCAGCUCAAGGAUGGAGAUGAGAAAAGUCCCUACAUCGAGGACCCCAUGAGAGCAGCUGUGAUCAUGCUUCAUGUGUGGAGACAGUACAAAAUCGAGCUUAGUAAUGCUGAGCUCCACCGCCUCUGUUCCACACUGUGUUUGCCUAAACUGGAGAAGGACAAAUUCCUUCAGUACUGGACACAUUUUUCUCAAGAUGUUGCAGUGUUUAAAAAUUUGCCAGAAAUACUGCUGGAUCUGAUCAAAAUCGUCAAAAGAGAGUCAAUGCCUCGAUGGAUUAUAUUAUUGCCACUCAUUCAUCUGCUGAAAGGCACCACAAAGCCCUUUGAAAUAAAAACCUCUGGAAAUGCAAAGUAUAGCUCGUACUGGGCAGGUCUCGAAGGCAUUGACAUCAGCAGCCAAGCAUACACAAGCAGCCAAAAUAGGAAAGCACUUGUAAAUGUGAUAAAGAACAACAGUCACUUGAUGAAGGUGGAUCCACUUUUGGUUCGGUCCUGCUUGUACCUGAUGCCACUUGAUGAUCAGCUGGAGUGCAGCAUCAGCAUUAACCCUGAGCUUCUGGAUAUGCUUCAUGUUUUCACAUCUAAAGUUCCUCAGGAUAUUACCAUCAACCUGUUUUAGGUCAUCAUGGAAAUCCUUGCUCACAUCCAAGAGCAUCUCAUUGAAGAAAAAUACAGCUGCUUUACACAAGUUUACAGGAAGGAAUGUAUGGCAACAGCAAUGAAAUUGUUGGAGACGGUCUGCAGAGGAGUCAGACCAGCAUCAUAUACCCAGAACUUUCCUGAAAUUCCUGUGGCAGCGAUGUAUCUUGUUGCAUCAGUUUUAGACUUUUUUCUCUCUAACAAGCAGCAGACUUGGAACAACAUUAUCACCAUUGGCUUUAAAGAUAAAGAAUGCACAGAAACAUGGAGGCAAAUACUUACUAUGGACUUUGAGGGCAAGUUCAAACAGGAAUCUGCUCUCAAUCAAAUUGAAUUCUACUGCCAAUACAUAGAGAAGCUUAGUGCUUCUUUUCCACAUGUUGCUGCCAGCAUUGAGAAGUGUGCUCUUGAAGCUGUUACAUCUUUGUGCCAGACCAGGUCUGAAGGGAAACUGUUUCAGAGAUUAAAGAUAAACUGGAAGUUUGGGAAUCUCAUCUCUGCCAUUAUUCAAAAAUCCUGGCCAAAGGAUGGCCAAGGAAACUAUCAGGAAAAUGAAGAAGUGGUCCUUCAACACCUCCUGUCCUGGACAGCAGCCAAAGACAUUUUCCAUCUAUAUGGUGCAGACAAAAAGCUGAUCGAGAAACUCUCUCAAGAUGCCAGAGACCGAUUGGCCAUAGCUGUGUCAUCAGUCACAGCCAUAAUCAAUCAGCUGAAACAAGGAGAUAUUAAAGUUAGCCUUCUCAACAUCAUUCUGGAGAGGAAAGCUGCCUUCUUGGAACUGCUGAAGAUUGACUCCCUCACUGAGGAAGGACAACACCAGGAUCUUUCCAAAAUGAGGAGGUUUUUAGACCACAGAAGAGAUGAAGUUAAAGCUGUGUACCAUGAAAAAGAGCUUGUAGGUGCUAUAAUAACAAUGUGCCAUAAACUUGAGGAACACAUGACGGUGGACAUUUCUGACCUGGAGGAAAAAGCACAAGUCAAGAUUGAGAUGAUGCCCUUGGACCAUUUCAUGGAAGUCCAUCACUUUGACCUACAGGCAACCCCAAUGUCUGGCAUUGUUACCUUCUUCCGUCUUGAUGAAGAGAUCAGAGACAUGGCAAAAGUGCUGCACACAUUCAAUGAAAGCAUUGUUUUCCGGGGAUGUUGGGAAAAAUUUGCUAUACAGACGGCCCAGGACGAAAUGGAAGACGACACGUCUGAUGAGGAUGAAACAGUGGAGACGAGAGCAACACCAGAUAUGAUAUACAAUCAGAUUUACAUGCCUUGUAUUGAGGAAUACAAAGACAUUUAUACUCGUUUAAAAAAUGGAAGCAUAAGACUUGAGGAAGUCAACCAGAUCUUCAAAGCCUACAAGGACAAGUAUGAGGAUCUCACUCAGGAACUUAGGAUCAUGUGUGAACUUGAUACAUCUGCAGACAAACAGUGGAUCCACAGCAGGGUUGAACAGGUCCAGCAGUAUCAUGAGCUACAUUUAGCUGUGGCCUCUGCUGAAGUUAUCAUGAAGGUCAAAGACACACUUGGUCUUCAAGGGGACUUCGGAGUUUUGGAAACGCUGACAAAUGUUAUUCACGCCGACUUUCAGAAAGAGCCUCUAAAGAGGAUUGACAAUGACUUGAUGCAGGCCAAGGCGGUGCUGGUUGACAUUACAGAGCCCCGUAGAUUGUGUUUAAAUGAGCUGGGAUUCAGAAGACAAUUUGUAAGAUGGGUGAAAGAUGCCCUUGAGGACAUCAAUGAGUUGAAGGUGUUUGUCGACUUGGCUUCCAUCUCUGCUGGAGAGAAUGAUAUGGAUGUGGAUCGUGUAGCUUGCUUCCAUGACGCCAUCCUUGGUUACUCUUCUUUGCUGUAUGAGCUUAAAGCGGAUUCUGGUUUUCGUGCCUUAAAAGAAGUGCUCAACAAGCUCUGGAGAGCUUUGGAGAAUGACAAAAAUUUGCCAAAAAAGCUGUCGGACAGUGCACGUCAUCUAGAGUGGUUAAAAACUGUAAAGGACAGCCAUGGGUCAGUAGAGCUAUCAUCUCUCUCAUUAGCCUCAGCCAUCAACAACAAAGGCAUCUACCUAAUCAAUGCACAAGGUGUAAAAAAGUUGGGUCUUGAAACUGCUCUGAAGCUGCAGAUUCCAGAGGAGCAUGAUGAAGGUCUGCAGAUGCGGCGCUACUCUCUUGAAGACCUGAGGGAGCUACAAAAUAAACUUAUGCUCAUGUCAGGAAAAGGGGACCAAGGGCAGAAUGAAGUUGAACACUUUGUAGAGGUUUUUGCCAGUGUUCAAAGACUAACAGAGGCAUUCAUUGCUCUUUACACUGCUGGAAAUCCACUGUUCAGGAACUGGGAAGUACAAAUUAAUUGUUCUGCAAGAGGAUUAGAACCCUGCAUUUUGAUGGAUUUUAAUUUGUCCAGUGCUCCUAGUGUCACUGUGGAGGGCAACGCAAAUGAGCAGCUUCCUGAUCUCUGCAGAAAAAUGGAGAAAUGUCUCGAAUACUGGAUGAACUUUGUACACAAACAGAGAUCCAAGAAUUAUUUCCUAAACUACUUCACUGCUGAGCAGAUUGUCUACCUAUGUAGCAAGCUGACACAGCAAAAUGUAAAUAACGUUGAGGACCAAGUGCUGAUGAUGCUUUCAUUCAUUAAGCCAAAUUGCAAAUCCAUAUAUCUGAGGCAGGUUUGGCACAAGCUCCAAUAUGAACUCAUAACAAAACCUCAAGAGCAAAAUGAAGACAUUGAGUUUCAGACUUUUAUUGUAGUGUCAAGAAGUGACCUGGAAGAGUUCACAAGUGAAUUAGAUCCUUUGCCAAGUCUUGUGGAAAACGCAAAGGGUCUUCAGGCAUUUGAUCACAUCUGGAAUGCUUACAUGAAAGACAUGAAAAAUUUUCUCCCAAACAUUCUUGACAUAAAAAGUCUUGGCCUACUGUUAGAAAUACUGGCUAACAAAGAUGACGAGGAUGAAGAAGAUGACAGCGAAGAGGACAUUUCUGAUGACAACACUGGAAAUUUCAUAAACAGGCAACUGCCCAGAGGUUUGGUCACUGGAAAGCCAAAUCUCAUUGUUUGUCCACAUGAGGAUGCCUUGAUGUCUUGCAUCUCGAUUUACAUGAACAGCAAAAAUGAAGCUCUUCCUACCUAUGAUGAAGUCCUACUCUGCAACCCCUCGACUCCAUAUGAACAAGUGGAGCUGUUCUUCAGACGCUGCCUUGGCACUGGCUACCCGGGACAGAAGAUAUACUCUCUUGUAUAUGGAGAUCUCCUGAGUUACGAUGUGAGCUCUAAAGUGGGGAACUUUUUCCAGCGGAUGAAAAUGCAAAGCAGACAAGACUACAGGCUUGUGAUCAUUUGCAGCUCAGAGAGAGAACAUGCCUACCUUCCAUCUGCCUUCAGCCAGUACAGGUUGCACAUGAUUCCCCAAGAGCCAAUAGAGAGAAUCCAGCAAUACCUUCAUCAACACUACACUGUCCCAGCAGAACAGUGCAGCGCUGCGGCAGCAUUUAAAGACAGACUCUGUGUUGGUGUUGUCUCAUCCCAAAGGGCUGGUGUUGGUAAAUCUCUGUACAUCAGGAGACUGUAUGAAAAACUUAAACAUUCAACUAAAAAGCAGUCGAUGCUGAAAUGUAUUUGCUUGAUUGAACCUAAAGUUGAUGAGACUAUCAUCCUGCAGUCAUUGCUUGACACCCCUAAAAGGAAAGAACUCAUUAUCUUCCAUUUUGAUGUCACAUCAUCGGUCCAGAAAGGUCUCCAAGAAUUCCUUUUCAAAUUGUUGAUCCUGCGCUAUUUGAUGGACUCUGAGGGAAAAAUGUGGAGGUGCAAUGACAAGCAACUGUAUGUGAUAGAGAUUUUGGAGCCCACUGUCAAGAAGACAAGAAACGGUCCUCGGGAGGCACAAACAGCAAAUAACACUUUCAUGGACGUGUUUCCAAAUAUAUUCUGCCGACCACCCAAAGAGGUCCUCAUGCUAGAGAUGAGAAACCAGGAGCAUUGUACCACUGUGAGCAGUGAUGACCCACUGAUGGAUGAGAAAGAGUUCAGAAGUGAGGCCUUUCAGCGGCCUUAUCAGUACCUGACACGGUUCCAUAACCACAUCGAUCUAGAUGUGUUUACAUACCAGGGUGUUGAGGGGUCCCAUGUGGAAUGUCUUCAGAUGCUUCUCAUGUACUGUGGCGUGGUGGACCCAUCCUGGGCUGAACUUAGAAAUUUCACUUGGUUUCUUAACCUUCAGCUGAGAGACUGUGAGACAUCAGUGUUUUGUGAUGUCACUUUCACCGGAGACACACUAAGUGGAUUCAAAACCUUUGUGGUGGACUUUAUGAUUCUGAUGGCAAAGGACUUUGCUACUCCAUCACUAAGCAUCUCUGACCAGAGUCCUGGCAGGUCACAAGUUAAUCUGGCUGGUGUCCGAGAUGAAGACCUGGCUCCUUUUCUGAUCAGAAAAAGAUGGGAAACAGAACCACAUCCAUACAUCUUCUUUAAUGACGACCACACCUCUAUGACCUUCAUUGGUUUUCAUCUUCAACCCAAUGACCAGAACUAUGUCGACGCCAUUGAGCCCACCUCUGGAAGGGUGAUCAGAAGGAACGUCAUGACCAGAGCGUUGUAUGAAGGCCUACAGCUCCAAAGAGUCCCAUUCAACAUUGACUUUGAUAGCCUUCCAAGAUGGGAGAAAAUAGAGCGAAUCUGCAAUGUUCUCGGUAUCCAAUGGCCUCUUGACCCUGAUGAAACAUAUGAACUCACAACAGACAACAUAUUGAAGAUGCUAGCAAUCCACAUGCGGUUUAGAUGUGGAAUACCUGUUAUCAUUAUGGGAGAGACCGGGUGUGGUAAAACCAGGCUGAUAAAAUUCCUUUGUGAAUUGCGAAGGAGUGGAGUCGCAACUGAGAACAUGAAACUGGUCAAGGUGCAUGGAGGGACAACUUCAGAGAUGAUCUAUGGUAAAGUCCGAGAAGCGGAAAACAUUGCUUCGAUCAACAAGCAAGACUAUGGAUUUGACUCUGUGCUCUUCUUUGAUGAGGCCAAUACUACAGAGGCUAUCAGCAGUAUCAAGGAGGUCCUCUGUGACAAGACCGUGAAGGGAGAGUGUUUAACACCCAACUCAGGGUUGCAGGUCAUUGCAGCAUGCAAUCCCUACAGAAAGCACACAGAUGACAUGAUUCAGAGACUGGAAUCUGCUGGCCUUGGGUACCGAGUUCGAGCAGAAGAGACUGAUGAAAAACUGGGAUCCAUACCUCUGCGUCAGCUGGUGUAUAGAGUUCAAGCAUUGCCACCAAGCAUGAUUCCUCUGGUAUGGGACUUUGGGCAGUUAAAUGAUCACACAGAAAAAAUAUACAUACAGCAGAUUGUGCAACGUGUCGCCAAAAGCAAAGCAAUAGAUCAAACCUACAUCCAAUGCAUCACAGAUGUUCUUUCAGCCUCACAGAAAUACAUGAGGACCAGGAAGGAUGAAUGCAGCUUUGUCAGCUUGAGAGAUGUGGAACGCUGCAUGCAAGCAUUUGUCUGGUUUCAUGACCACCAUGAAAUGUUCUUUUCAGAGCUUCAAAAAUUUGGAAGUGCUCAAAACAAAGAAGAAAAUGAAGGGCGUCAAUGGCAGCCUGAGGUUGAAGAUCCUGUUCUCUGGUCCCUUGUCAUGGCCAUAGGAGUGUGCUACCAUGCCUGCCUUGAAAAUAAGGAUAGAUACAGACAGGAGAUCAGCAACCAAUUACCAGCAUCAUGCACACCAGCAAAGAUAAAGCAUGAAAUUUCACUCAUGCAAGAUUUACUUUUGAGUGGUGUGCCAAUGGGAGAUACUAUCGCAAGAAACAGUGCCCUAAAAGAGAACGUCUUCAUGAUGGUUCUCUGCAUUGAAUUAAGAAUCCCCCUCUUCUUAGUUGGAAAACCCGGAAGCUCAAAGUCCCUUUCAAAAACCUUAGUAGCUGAUGCCAUGCAAGGCCAAGCUGCUCAUUCUGACCUCUAUAAGAUGCUCAAACAGAUCCAUUUGGUGUCCUUCCAGUGUAGCCCUCACUCAACUCCAGAAGGCAUCAUCAACACAUUCAAGCAAUGUGGGCGAUUUCAGGAAGGAAAAAACCUCAAUGAAUACAUCUCAGUGGUGGUUCUUGAUGAAAUUGGGCUGGCCGAGGACUCGCCAAAGAUGCCUCUGAAAACUCUCCAUCCAUUGCUGGAAGAGGGCUGCAUUGAUGAUGAACCACUACCACACAAAAAGGUUGGAUUUAUUGGCAUUUCCAACUGGGCACUAGACCCUGCAAAGAUGAACCGAGGCAUUUUUGUCUCACGUGGUGACCCUGAUGAGAAAGAACUUAUUGAGAGUGCAAAAGGCAUAUGCUCAUCUGAUGUAAUGGUGUUGGAGAGAGUUAGGGAUUUCUUUAAACCAUUUGCAAAAUCCUACUUGAAGAUAUGCCAGAAACAAGGGAAAGGUUUCUUUGGCUUACGUGACUAUUACAGCUUGAUCAAGAUGAUCUUUGCUGUUGCCAAGACCUCUCAACGGAAGCCCACAUCAGAGGAGAUGGUGAAGGCUGUGUUGAGAAAUUUCAGUGGCAGGGAUGACGUUGAUGCAGUUUCCGUCUUCACCCAAAAACUUAACAUAGGUCCAAAUCUGGAGAACAUCAACACCAUUGAGUUCGUGAAAGAAAACAUUCAAGCCAUUGGACAAGAGGAAGAGUGUCGGUAUCUCCUUGUGCUAACGAAAAACUACGCAGCCCUUCAGAUCCUACAGCAAACAUUCUUUUCAGAAAGUGGUCAGCCAGAAAUAAUCUUUGGAUCUAGCUUUCCAAAAGACCAGGAGUACACCCAAAUCUGUCGCAACAUCAACCGAGUGAAGAUAUGCAUGGAAACAGGUCAAACAGUUGUGCUUCUAAACUUGCAGAACCUUUAUGAAAGUCUCUACGAUGCCCUUAACCAGUACUAUGUAUGUUUGGGAGGACAGAAAUAUGUGGAUCUUGGACUGGGAACCCAUCGUGUAAAAUGCAGAGUGCACAAAGACUUCCGGCUAAUUGUCAUUGAGGAAAGAGAAGUGGUCUAUAAACAAUUCCCGAUACCUCUAAUCAACAGGCUGGAGAAACACUACCUUGACAUCCACACAGUCCUUAAAGCUGAGCAGAAAAAGAUGGUGAAAGAACUGGAGAGAUGGGCAAAGCUUUUUGUCUGUCUUAAUGGUCAGAAAGCUGGAGCAGCUGAAACGUACAAAUACACCCUCCCUGAUGUUUUCAUUGGCUAUCACUCAGACACCUGCGCUUCGGUGAUUCUUCAAGUGAUAGAGGAGCAGAAGGACAAAUUGGAAGCUUCCGAUUCUCAGAGGGGACUGCUUGAUGAGGCUAAACUCAUACUUCUCAAAUGUGCUACACCAGACUCUGUUGUGCGAUUGGACUGCACAGGCCUGCCAAAAGUGGAAAGUCAGCAAAUGGCCAAGGUGUACUUUGAGGAACAGAGCAACAGCUGUUUAGCUGACUACAUCCAUGCUCACACAAGAGAGGAAUCCACUAGCAGCUCAUUCUUCACAGAGGUGACCACAUUCUCCAGACUAUUGACUGCGUUCGACAUGGAACCUCUGGAGAAAAUAUUUCACAGCGUCGAGCUUCUCUCUCUACAACAGUUUGACACAGAGCACUCCUUUCUAAAAAAGAUAAGGAACUUCCUCACAGCAGAAAAUGGAAGCAGUAUGACUGGACCAUGCAACCGAAUCCUCAUCAUUCAGUGUGAUUUUGAUGACCCCUCUGAGAGCACCAACCUGAUUGCGUCUGCAAAGUAUUCAUCACUAAAUGAGAUCAACAAGAUGACACAGGAGAGCACAGGAAGCAAGGUUUUUGUCUACUUUAUCACAAGGUUGCCAAGAAUGGAAGGAGGGACUUCUUACAUUGGUUUUCAUGGAGACCCCUGGAAAUCAGUCCAUAUAGAUGACCUCAGAAGGUCAAAGGACAUUGUUUCGGAUAUCAAGACCUUGCAAAACAUGAAAAUCAGUGAAAUGUUUGAAACAAAAGCAGCUCAGCCUGAAGCUAUGGAGACUGAUGACUUGUACUCGGAGAGUUACCAGGAAGAGUCGGAAGAAACGGGCUUGGAUAAUGUUGUAGACACCACAUCUUUGCUCCGGAGCUGUGUGCAGACUGCCGUUGGCAUGCUGAGGGACCAAAUGACAAGUGCCUUCCGCAGCACUCGAAGAGUUGAGAUCCUUUUGACUCUCCUGUGUGACAACGAUGAAAUAAAAGAUGAAUUUCUUCAAACGGUGAAGAAGCGUCUUCACUCUUUGUUGUUGAUUCAUGAUGGGAACACUUUCAUCAAGAGCGAUUGGGUCCUAAAAGAGGCUUCAAACAUUGAUGCCCUGCAGGAAGGAGGCACAUUCAGACACACUUUGUGGAAGCGUGUUCAAGCUGUGGUAGUCCCGUUGUUGGCACAUGUAGUCUCAGUGAUUGACAGAGACCAAAACAUGGACCUCCUGCUAGAUAAAAACUGCUCUGACUCGGUGAAGAGAUUGUGGUUGGAUAUCUUUGCCAAUGAAAAGCUGCUGGAAAUCUCACACCUAACCAUGGACCCCAGCUCCGAGACGAGAACAAUCCUCGUGCAGAACUGCAUUGCUCAAGACAGGAACACGGGCUGCACCAUGCCCUUCAGCUGGAGAAUCAAGGAUUAUUUGGAGGAACUUUGCGUUCAUGCCCUACAGAAUGAAGGACAAACUCAAUUAAAAUUUGUUGAGUUCUUUUGGAAAACCCCUCUUGGGAGCUACAUUGAGAAAGCAGAUUCAGAGACUCAGAUGGAGUUUUAUCAUCGCUACCUUCAAGAUUUCAUCUCCAUGUCAAUGAAUGUCACUUCCCCAGAAGAUCUGCAGCUCCUCUGUGGGGCCUUGAAUAGCUGUGUCAGUGAGCUGCGGCUGCAGCUGAAUGACACUGAGACAACUGUGACAGCUCUUCCGUGGGUUCAUGCUGCUUAUCACAAGUUCAAAAACCGACUGCAGAACCUCUCCAGAAUGAUGUGCAUUGAACCCAAGGUGACCCGUGACCUCCUGGGCAAUCCACAUGCAGCAGACAACAUUGAACUCGUCCUCGACAUUUAUGCUGCGUUUGCAUGUUUGGAGCACCUGGAGCCCAGAGUGCUGGGCAGCGAUGCUCAAAGACAAGCGUGGCUUAGGCAGGUGAAGAAACUUCAGGUUCCCAUUGAACUGAUCUGUUCAGAAGACAGCGUGAGACAUUAUGGAGAGAGGAGCAAGAUGAUAGUCAACAGAGUCCAAGCCGGAUGGAAUCGCAUAUUUUCUCUCUCAUUGUUCGUGGAGCACAUGUUGCUGGGAAUUGAGGAGUUGGACAGGAAGCUCACACCUUUAAUAUUGGAGAGCACGCAAGGACUUGGCAAGAUUCUUGAAAGAAAUUCGGACAUCAAAACGCAGCCGAUUUUUGAGGCAGUAAUCAGUUUGCUGAAAAACUGCAAAGAUGGAGCUGUGGAACGCAUUUUCAGGUUCGGUCAUAUGCUGUGUCCGGUUUGCAUGGGAGACCCCCAGGAUCCACUCGGCCUGCCGUGUAACCACAUCUACUGUGUAGCUUGUAUCAGACAGUGGCUGAUCCCCGGUCAGAUGUACUGUCCCCUUUGCAUGCAGCCAGUUGCAGAAGACUUCCCCUUGGUUCCCUCAAAUGAAAUCAAGAUUCUUGUCAGCCAGCAUGCUCAGUUCAGGAAGCGGUGCAAUGCUUUCUUCAUAGACCUGGUGUCUACCGUGUGCUUCAAGGACAACUCUCCGCCGUGUUCAGCUGUCAUUCUUCAUUUGCUGUCUUUCCUGAUGGUGGAGGCCGGCCCGGUUCCCAUCCUCAGAGUCAAUCGACAAGUGCUGACGAAAAUGCUUUCUCCAUUUGACGACUCUGUGGAUAAAAAUCCUGUUGUUCGCUCAGUAGUGCUCAAACUCCUCAUGAAGUACAGCUUUGAUGAAGUGAAAGGAUAUCUGCAGCAGCACCUGGUGGCUGUUGAGCGGAGCAACAUUUUGGAGGAGACGGACAAAACUGAACUCUACUGCAUGUACAUUAACUGUCUGGAGGAUUCCAUGUUUGAGAGGCUCCAGUUCAGGUCUGCUGCAGAUAAGAAGUCGUAUUUAGGAACUGAAAGUGCCUUUCUGACUGAGUGCCUGCAAACACACGGUCAGCAUGCUGAAAAUCCAACUGUGGAGUACCUGCAGCAGUUGGCCAGAGUGCGUCUGAACCUGGAUUUGACUGCUGACUUGAUUGUGGAAAACUUGAGAGCAACAGCCCCAGGCUCUCCUGAAGGUGGCCAGAAUGGAACUGCAGCCUUUCUGCACAGCGUUGAGAACCUGUGCAGGAGGAGCGGGAACGACUGGUACCGCGUCUAUCUGAUCCGCAAGCUCUGCCGCCAGCAUGGAGUCGAGUUUAUCCAGAAACUUCUUAGGCGGGAUCAGAUGAGUUGGCUCUUCCCUAAGGAAAUUCAGCCUCAGACUGAAGAGACCUCCUCAGUAGAUCACUAUCUUGUGUGUGGAGAAGAUUACAAGACAAUCAGAGAAGCUGUUGCAAAGACAUUUAUGGAAGGCAAAGUAGACGGAUUGGAUAAGGCCUGUGAGGACUGCAGGUGUUUACCACAACUGAAAGCGGUUUACCUUCUGUUAGCGCUGUACAGAGAAAUCACCACCAUGUAUGGACAAGCUAAUGACAGCUUCCAUCCCAAGCCGCAGCAGCUCGAAGCCAUUACAAAUUACAUCCAGACGUCCAAAGUCCUCGCCAGCGCAGAGGUGAAGGCCUUUGCACAGGCGCUGGUGACCAACACCACGGGGCCUCUUUCUGUUCGACCCGGCAUCUCAGGGGCCAGAAGUGUGGCGUUGGAGUUAACAGUUCACUUAGCCGCCGUGCUGCGGUGUGGGAACCAGGGGAUCCUAGCUCCCCUUCAGCAGCUAGCACUGACACCUGCGAACAUGCAGGCAGCGUUUUUGCCCUCUAUGCCAGAAGAUAUGAUGGCUGUAGCUCAACAGGCACUGGGUGCACUGGGUCCACUGAGGUGGUACAGUUGUCCAAAUGGCCAUCCCUGCACCAUUGGGGAGUGCGGCCAACCAAUGCAAAGAAGUCGUUGUGUAGACUGUGGAGCUGUGAUUGGAGGGGACAACCAUAUGCCUGUGCAGGGAUUUCAGGUUCUUCAGCCACAAGGUGACCGCACCCAGACAGGCCACAUCCUCGGUGAUCCAAGUCGUCGAGACAAUCCCGAUAUGCUGGACACGAAGAACAUUUCUCCCGUCCCUUUUACUGUUGUCCGAAUGCUCACUCACAUGGCAAUGCUGCUCGGGACCUGUAAUCAACCGCAGCAUAUCUCUGCAAUCAUCAAACCUCCAGUUGCAGAUCCUGCUGCGUUCCUAAUUGGUCACCUGAGAAAAGAUAUUGACCAUCUGAUCAGGUCUCUGGGUAAAGGGACCGAUGACACAGUCACGGCGGUUCACCUGCUAAUCAGCAGCUUGCUGCAACCACACCAGCAACAGAAAUGGCCAGUUCCGUAUGACAAUCACCUUUCAAAUAAAGUGGCGAGAAACGGAUGGGAGUUGGAAAUGAGCAACGCUGUCAUCACACCUCAGCUAAAGAACUUGGACAGACAGCUGCAGGAGGUGAACACCUUCAUCCGGGCAGACUCUCGCAUCUCUGCCAACCCAGUCAUGAAGCUAGUGUUCGGUGACCCUCGCCUCUUCUUGGCCUCCCUGCCGCCCAAUUCUCUGCUCCACUGUUCUGCCGUGUGGAGCUGCCGGGAGAAGGUUUGUGUGCUGAGCCUCACGCACAUCCUGGAGCAGAGUGAUGGCAAAGACACCGUCCCUGUGCUGUGGAGAUUUUUGCACAGGGAAGCAGAGCUCAGACUGGUGAAAUACCUCCCGGACAUCCUCACACUUCAGAAGGAUCUGGUGAAGAAGUUUCAGAACAUCACCGAGCUGACCUUUGAAACCAUUGGAGAAUUUCUUCACAGCCAGAGAGCCGCUUCCCUCAAAGCCUGGUAUGAGAAAAACAUCAAGAUCUUCUUAACAACCUGGAACCAGCUUAGAGUGUCUCUGGCCACCAACGGUGAGAUUAAGAUCCCAAAUGAGUUCUGCCAGCAGGACCUGGACCUGAAGAGUGACUUCAAGGUGCUUUUACCUCAGCGACAGGGUGCAGGCCUCUGCUCCACAGCUCUUAUCAGCUACCUAAUCGCUCUGCACAAUGACCUCAUCUAUUGCAUGGACAAGCAUACUGAAGAGGAGACCAGCUACAAAGUGAGCCCUGCGGAUCUCACUGAUCUGCAUGUGGUCCAUUAUGAGGUGGAGCGGGACUUACUGCCCCUGGUUCUGUCCAAUACCCAGUACAGCAUUGAGAAGGGCCAAGAGACCCUUUACGAGUAUGAUUUGCCCAAGAUCCAGCAGCAGAUCAUCUCCCACUUCCUGCUGGGAAAACCUCUCAUCACUCUUGACGGCAUCCCUACACUAGUCAACAGGCAGGAUCGCAACUAUGAGAUAAUCAUCAGGGACAUUAAAACCAAAAUCAAGCAAGAGCCCCUGCUGACCCUCACCCUCAUCUCCGUCGCUGGGGAGCUGCACUCCUACAGCGAGGUGUGCGAGGCCUUGUCCACGCUGGAAGUGGCGCUCGGCUUCCUCGCCAUGACCGGGGGGGAGCCUCACAUGCAGCUGUCCUGCUACCUGGAGGAGGUGCUGCAGAUGGGAAACCAGGUGGCCCAGCACAUCGUCAAGGCUUUCAGCAUGUGUUAUCUGAAGCAUUGUGUGGCUCUGUGGCAGCUGCUGGCUUCGCUUAAAUCCGAAAAUAUGCUGAGACUCAAGAGGGACCCGUUUGUGGGAGUCUCAGAGAAGUACAAGGAGCCUCUGGGUGAGGAGGAGCACAGGCUGCUGACGGCUUUCUUCUCCAAGAACAGCGCUGACUCCUUCCUUUUAGAGAUGCAUGAGUUCUUGGUUCUGGUCCUCAAAAAGGCCAAUGAUCCAGAUACCUACAGGCCUGACUGGGGCUUAAAAGACACUCUGGUGUCUUACAUGGAGCGAAAAGACAUGGACAUACCCCCAGAUGUGGAGGAGCACUUCCCAGAGGAAAUAUGCCUGUCCCAUUACGUUGAAGCCUGGAAGUUCAUCAUAGUCUUUAAGCAGGAGCGUGGUACGAGACAAUGAAGAUAUCAGGGGGUGAAAAAAAUCCUAUUUUUGCUGAUUUCUUACCUACAUUUUCUUUUCCUUGUUAAAAUGUCUGUGUUGUUGCCUCAUGUUUCUGCACAGGAAGCUAAAAGAUGUGCCUUUUUAGGAGCACUGAGUGCCAAUAAGUGUGUUUUGCCUUUAUGAAGAUCUGAUCUGGUAAAUUUCGGGUUUUGUAUUUCCCUCAAUAAGGAUCAAGAAAGAUCUCUACACUUCUAGUGUCUUUAAUUGCACUGUAUGUCUUUACUCACAAUGAGAAUAAGAAAAUCACUCAGGUAGAUGUUGAGAUGUAAACUGAUUAGAUCUCAAACCCUUAAAAGGGAUAAAGAAUAAUGUUUUGUUCACCUUCUUGCAUUUGUUUUUACCUCUAUUUAGUUUCCAAAUGCUGCUGCAGACGUAUAUUACCCAUUUUCAACUGUUGUCCAACAUUCCAACUAUUUUCUCCAUUAUUGUUCUUUGCUUACAGUUUUUACAUUAUCAGGAACAUUAUUAUGUCAAUCAUUGUUUCACUUAUUCUAUUUGUGAUAAACCCUCUCAUGUUUGCUGAUUUUCAAUGCUUUUACUCUAAAUUGUAUCGUUAUUUGUCAUAAUAAUGACAUAAAAUGCACCUUACAAAA